AUGACUCUGGCUGCUUACAAAGAGAAGAUGAAGGAGCUGCCUCUCGUCUCCCUCUUCUGCUCCUGUUUCCUCUCGGACCCCCUGAACAAGCCGGCAUACACGUAUGAAGCAGAUACGGUAGACCUCACCUGGUGUGUCAUCUCCGACAUGGAAGUCAUCGAACUCAACAAGCGGACCUCGGGACAGUCCUUCGAGGUCAUCCUGAAGCCCCCAUCCUUCGAUGGCAUCCCCGAGUUCAACGCCUCCCUGCCCCGGCGGCGUGACCCGUCCCUGGAGGAGAUCCAGAAGAAGCUGGAGGCGGCAGAGGAGAGGAGGAAGUACCAAGAGGCUGAGCUGCUGAAGCACCUGGCGGAGAAGCGGGAGCACGAGCGGGAGGUCAUCCAGAAGGCCAUUGAGGAGAACAACAACUUCAUCAAGAUGGCCAAAGAGAAGCUGGCACAGAAGAUGGAGUCCAACAAGGAGAACCGUGAGGCACACUUAGCGGCCAUGCUGGAGCGCUUGCAGGAGAAGGACAAACACGCUGAAGAAGUGAGGAAAAACAAGGAGCUCAAGGAAGAAGCCUCCAGGUAA